CCUAUUGCGCAUGCCCACUCCGUUUUCUCAUCAUGUCGAGUGUGUUUACGAAUCCCAGCCUGCUGUCGACUGAACGGCUAAAGGAAGAACUGAAGAGCCAUGGUGUGCCGCUACCUGUUGGACGUCCUACAAAGCCGACUUUAUUAAAGCUUUACGAAACUACUGUCGCCAAGAAGAAGAAACUGCACAGUCCAACGGUUUUUUCUUCAGACGAGGAAGACAAUGAGUCGUUUAUGCGAUCAAAGAAACGACCUACGAAAGUCAGACAGCGCGUGAGUGCACACCCACCACAGCGCGGGAAACCAGAUAUGACUGAUGUGUCAGGAUUGAGUGACAAAGAAUUGUCGAGCAAGUUGAAGACCUUGAACUUCUCACCGGGUCCCAUUACAUCAACCACAAGAAAAAUAUAUGAGAAGAAACUAAGAGAACUAAUAACUAAACCAGUGAGCCCAAUAAAUAUAAAACAAGAAAUUGAGCCUGAAACAUACUCUGAUGAUGAGGAAAACGACGUGGAAGAAGAAGAGGAAGAGGAGGAGGAGGAGGAAGAAGAAGAUGAGGGUGAAGAUGAAGAGGAGACAAUGGAUACAACAGAUUACGGAAGUCGGAUGCCAACAGCUCGUACAGAAUUCAAAGAAAGGAGGCCACAAAGUAGAGGGAGCUUGAUCGGUCGGCAAGGAUUUAGAUCAGAUGCGACAAGUCGUGUCAACAAGGUUUACAGUGAUGAAACAGACGGAAGGGAGAGACGAACGACGACAGUUAAGAGGACGACACACGUGAGGACGAGAGGACAAGCGACGGAAAAGGCGCAAUCUGGAUGGCUUUUUUGUCUCUUCAUUCUCAUUAUUACAUGUGCUGUUAUUGGCUUGCUGAUCAACUUUGAAGGAAGGAGACUCAACGUGCCAGCGAACCGGCUCACUUAGAAUUCAACAGUCGAGAUCACAUACUAAAU